AAAUUAAGCAGAAGGAUCAUGCGAUAUAUUUUCCGUUGCUUGGUUACUAAUAGAAGCAAAAGUUUUGUUUUUAAGCAGAGCGAAAUCCUGCAGCAUAUUUCUUCACAGCAUGCAACAUGUCGGCGUUUUCUGCAGUCAUCAACUUCUGGCGGAGUUGUUUUUAAAAGCCCGAGACCAACUGUCGAAAUCCCAGUGGUGCCUUUAAGUGACUUCUUAUUUUCUAAAUUUUCAGGAUAUGGAAAUAAAACCGCACUUGUUGACGAUACAAAUGCCACAUCGUACACAUAUUCCCAGCUUGAACAACUCUCGAGAAAUGUUGCUAGUUUCUUGUAUAGGAAGGGACUUCGAAAAAAUGACGUCAUAUGUUAUUAUGGUACUAAUACUCCAGAAUUUGGUGUUCUGCUGUUAGCAUGUUCUUCUGCUGGUAUUGUGUUGUCUACGGCUAACCCUGCAUACACAACAGGUGAGCUGGAGAGACAUAUGGAUCAUUCUGGGGCUACAGUUCUUGUUACCGUACCCCAACUGAUACCAAACGCCAGAGAAGCAAACCUUAAGGAUGUUAUAGUGAUAGGCAAUAGUGAUGGCUGCCAGUCAUUUUCAAACGCACUAGCAGAUGACGGUAAAUGUUACCCACCGGAUAUCACUAUCAACCCAAAGGAAGAUGUUGUUCUUUUGCCAUAUAGUAGCGGUACGACAGGACUACCAAAAGGCGUUAUGCUGACCCAUCAUAACUUGGUGGCCAACCUUCUGCAAUUUAAAGAAUGUUCAAGCUCAUUCGCAGACGACACAAACCUUGCUGUUCUGCCGUUUUACCACAUUUAUGGAGUUCUUGUUCUUUUGUGUGACACUUUGCAAAGUGGAGGCACGCUGGUGACCUCUCCGUGCUUUGAACCGGAACGCUAUUUGAAAACUUUAGUUGAACAUAAGAUAACACAACUUCACCUCGUGCCUCCCUUGGCGAUAUUUCUGGCGCGUCAUCCUAUGGUGGAUAAGUUCGAUCUAUCGAGGAUACGAUCAGCUUUCUGCGGGGCAGCGCCACUUGGAGAGACUGUAACACAUGAGAUGAAGAAGAAAACGAAUAUCACCAUUAGACAAGGUUAUGGUUUAACGGAGACCUCGCCUAUUAUUUCUAUAGACUACCUAACAGAUGUAACUAUUGGAUCUGUUGGACCCCUUGUAUCUAACACAGAAGGAAAGUUCAUAGACGUGAAGACGGGAGAAACUCUAGGACGAAAUGAAACAGGUGAAUUGUGCGUGAGAGGCCCACAAAACAUGAAAGGUUAUCUGAAGAAUGAGAAGGCUACCCGAGAAAUGAUAGAUGACGAUGGUUGGCUGCAUACAGGUGAUAUAGGACAUAUGGAAGAUAAUGACUGUAUUGUUAUAACAGAUCGUUUAAAAGAGCUAAUUAAGUAUAAAGGAAGACAGGUUGCCCCAGCAGAGUUAGAAGAUUUGUUACACAAACAUUCGGCCGUUCAGGACGUGGCUGUGAUUGGUAUGCCGGAUGAUCGAGCCGGAGAGCUGCCGAGAGCAUAUGUGGUGCUCAAACCCGAUAUCUCACUACACGCACAUGACAUAAUGAAAUAUGUGGAAGAAAAUGCAUCAGAUUUCAAGCGGCUUAGAGGAGGUGUUGAAUUUGUUAAAGAAAUUCCAAAAACUCCGAGUGGCAAAAUAUUGCGGAGAUUGUUGAGGGACCAGUUGUCCUCUCUGCAACAGUGAUAUACAUGUAUAUACAGAUAUAGAUACUGACACGGUCAUGUAUAUUUUAUCAAGUGUUACUUGGAAACGAGGUUUUGUAAUUAAGAGAAAUAACACUUUAUACAGUAACUUGCUAAUGAUUCAAGUGCUCUAACAUCUUUUAAUGAAAUCAAGAUCUUUUUUUUUUCGUAUUAUUUAAUUAUGUAUAAUAAAGCAUUAUUUUUUCUUAAAAAUUUGUCCGAAUAAGCGUUUCGUAAUACUAUCAUUACAUAAUCAUCCUUAGGAAGCUAUCAGACUGACUAAUUCUGCAAAGGUACCAGAAAUUAUGCAUAAAGGGGAUUUCUU